UUUCCUAAGAUUUUCCUAGCAUAAGCGCGACAACGCCGCUCUUUCGUUUUAUAUAACCAUUUCCUCAAUUUCCUCUUGCAUUUAGUUCGGCUUGCGCAGUCGUUUCAGUUUGUUGUUAGUGUGCGGUUAACCUCUCCAUCUCAAUUCGCGUAUACAGCACAACGCUGCUGAACGACCGGCAAAACAGCUGAUUUCCAAAUUGUUUACAUGCAAAUAAUCCUCGGAAGGACAAUCGGACGCGUCCAGGCAACUGGUGUUUUGUUUGAUGGGAGGGGCCCCAUUUCGACCUUUUGCGCCUGUUGAAGACCGGAACUGACGAUUGAAUGGGAGUGACUGAUGUCAAGUGCAGCACAACAGUGUCCCAAAGUCGCAUUUUCCCUAUGUGAAGGAACCAGCGGAGGCCGAUUUAGUGUUCCGGUUGACCCACUUGCCCAUUUCCGGAAUGGCUCUGAACUUGGCGAUGUCUCCAUUGAGAAGGCGGCACUGUUUCCUGGUUUUGGGCUGCGUCCUGUUUGUGCCCUUCUGCUGCUUCAUCCUAUUCUCCGUGCCAGACGUUUCGUCCGAACAGCUGCUCAUCCAGCGCAUCGCCGAGCUGCAAGUGAAGCUGCAGUACCUGGACUCGAUGUACCGCACGCGGCAGGAGGACCUGCGCCGAUUGACCGAGCACAUUGACUUGCUGGCGCUGCCGCCCAACGCGUCCGCCCUGCUGGCCGCCCCCGUUCCCGAGCUGCGCCCCGAAGUGAAGCAGCUGCUGAAGAACAUGUCGGGCAUGGCGGCCGCCCAGGGCGUCCAUCCGCCCUUCUCGCUUCGCAUGCCCAGCUCCUAUCACUUCCUGCCGCAUCUGCUGGACGACGUUUCGAGCUUAAGAUUGGCCUAUCUGUUGUCCAAAGGACGACUGGGUGUUUCGGUGGUGCUGGGGGUUCCCACGGUGAAACGCGAGAAGCAAAGCUACCUGAUGGACACCCUGAACAACCUGAUAGAGGGCAUGACCGUCGAGGAGGCCAACGACUCCCUGAUUGUUGUGUUUAUAGCCGAAACUGAUAUGGAGUACGUGCUUCAGGUGGCCAAGGAAAUCGAGUUUAGGUUUGCUGCCUAUAUCGAGUCGGGGCUAAUAGAGGUGCUGGCGCCCUCUGCCGGCUACUACCCGGACUUCGGCAAGCUGCGCAUCACCUUGGGGGACUCCCCCGAGCGGGUUAGGUGGCGCUCCAAGCAGAACCUGGACUUCGCCUACUUGAUGUCCUAUUCGCAGUCAAAGGGCACGUUUUACGUGCAACUGGAAGACGACAUUCUGGCGAAACCCCAGUAUAUCAGCGAGAUGAAGAAGUUCGCCAUCGACAAGACAUCGAAGAAGGAGGCGUGGUUCGUGCUGGAUUUCUGCCAGCUGGGCUUCAUUGGGAAAAUGUUCAAAAGCGCCGAACUGCCCUGGCUGAUCACAUUCUUCCAAAUGUUCUACAACGAUAAGCCGGUCGAUUGGCUGCUGGACCAUCUGCUCUACACCAAAGUGUGCAACUACGAGAAGAACAACGAUAUUUGCAAGAGAGAAAAGGCGCGAAAAUGGAUCCACUACAAGCCCUCUCUGUUCCAGCACAUCGGCACGCACUCCUCUCUCAAGGGCAAAGUGCAAAAACUGAAGGAUAAGCAGUUUGGCAAAGUGGCGCUGUUUUUCCCCCACGCCAAUCCAGAGGCGGAGAUCACGUCCGACAUCAAGCACUACAAGCAGUACACCCUGAGGAGGGCCUACUUGGGCGAGACUUUCUACUGGGGGCUGCUGCCGCAGCCGGGCGAUCACUUGAUUUUCAAGUUCGCCACCCCGAUUCCCAUCAGAAGCUAUCUGUUCAAGAGUGGCAACGCCGAGCAUCCCUCGGAUAAGUUCUACAACACCACGGUGGAAGUGUUGCCAGUGGCGGCGCCCAGGUGGCUUUCGCCCCCCUCGUCGAAUCUUACCAGUGACGGGUUUGUUAUAGUGGGUAAAUUCGACAGUGCCGGAAUAGCCAGAGGGUCGGUGGAUGACGCCUUGGGCAGGAUCCAGGCGUUGCGGUUAAAUGUGCACUCUGACAGCGAAAAUUGGGCGAUUCUAAGCGAGAUUCACAUCCAGGACGAAGUGGAGCCCAGAUAACGCACAGCCAUGCGUUCGAACGUCCUGUCGAUUUUCCGCUCUUUUCAUCCGGGUGAUCGCAGUGCCGCGCCCAACAAACAUUUGCUCAGUCUGUGAUAGUUGAAAACCCCCGUAGUUUAUCGUUAGAUGUAAGCGCUCCUCCUCUGACUGCACUCCAUUCCUCUGUCAACGUCUCCCUCAAGGUGAGUGAUUUUCCUAUGGUGGCGACCUCUUUGGCAGCUGUUCAGGUUCCGGCUGCGGGCGAUUCCUGCGUUAUCAACAUAUCAAAAGUUGAGCCCACCCACUAUGGGCAUGUUUCCGGUAGACGCCGCUCAAAUAUCAGUUGCUUAUCAUACCCAGGGACCAUGAACUGAUUUGUGGGGUUUCUCUUAAAAAAGAUACAAAACUGCCCAAAACAUGGCGCUGUUGGAUUUGAGAGAAAAUGUAUUUUUGUAUUGGUUCGCAAAACAGACUGACUGAGUAACGCUAAACAGGAAUUGGUCAAGGAAUUCGUAUUAUCCCGUAAUUUACUGUGUCUUAGGCGUAGAAUACUCAGAAUAUCGAAUAUUUUCAGUGCCAAUGUUGCGUAUGCGCAUCUGGACUGUCGGAGAGUGAGCGGGACAGCAGCGCAUUGCGCGGAAAAGGGCAGGGCUUCUGGAGGCGUGGCCUCUUAAUACGGCGUCUCUUUCCAGCACACGCUGUUGUUUCGCUCGCCUUGCAAACUGCCCAACGGCUGUAUGUGUUGUUGUCUAGUCAAGUUAAGGAAAAAACAAAAAAAUCGGUGUCAACAACGCCCAAUCGUCGCUUCCUAGAUUAACCCAUGUAACUAAUCAAAUCAAACUAUAUCGGUGUGCUGACAAUAUGUCUAAUAUUUAGAAUACAUGUCGUGUGCAGUAAGUGACGUAAUUGGCAAAACGCGCCUCUUUUGUUCAACUUUGCCUCACCUGCAGGAUGUGGGAUGAGUCGAUGUUGGUCGACACCGCGCCCUGUAUAGUGUUUAGUUUGCUUGGAAAAUGUACAGGGUACAUUCGUAAUUGGAUAAGACAAAUCUAUUUUCCUAAACCAUUUGUUGAUCUGUGUGUGAAUCUCAUUUUUCAGCCUGUAUAUUGCGGUCAAUUAUUAUUAAUAUUAUUGAGUUGAUUUUCUGAUGUUGUUAAGUUUGUGUAUUUUCGGCAACCAAUUUAUCCACAACUAAUAUUGUCUUUCAAUAAAUAUUACCAUUUUUA